UUAAUUUAUUUGUAAGAAAAAAUUUUUUUUUCUUUUGUUCAUAAUGUCAUCAAUAUUACCACCAGAACUUUUAUCCCAUAUAUUUUCUAUUUUUGAAACAGAUAGCGACACCUUAUUUUCAUGUUGUUUAGUUUCUCGUGAAUGGAGUCUUUCAGCUGUUUAUUGGUUAUGGAAAAAACCUUUUCAUAUCUGCCCAACUCAGAAUAGAAUGUUAUUAGUCAGAACUUGUUUAAAAUUUAUAUCAGAUGAUCGUUUUUAUGAUAAUAUUGAACAACCUCCUUUAUUUAAUUAUGCAUCUUUCUUACAGCAUUUGAAUUUUCAUGAAAUUUAUGAUGCAGUUUGGCAUUAUUAUAAUUUUCGGAAUAAAGAAGGUGAAUAUGUUCCUAUUCCUGAUGAAGAAAAAAGAUUAUUUAUGGAACAAGAUCUCGAUGUUGAUGCAUACUAUGAAUUUAAUGAACAUGAUAAUAAUUAUUACGAAUUUGUUGAGGAAGAAGAUAAUGAUUGGAAUAGUGAGGAGUUGGAAGAUAAUUCGCAAGAUUAUGAUUGGAAUAGUGAGGAGCUGGAAGAUUUUUCGCAAGAUGAAGUUGAAAAUUUAAAAGAUAAAAUUUUAUUACUCACAUCAAAGCUUUGUCAAAUAUUUUUAUUACAUUCCAAUAAAAUUAUUAGUCUUAACCUUUGCACAAGUGAAAUGGAUAAUGGUAAUGACAUAUGUGAAAAGUGGAUUAAUAUUUUUAAACUUGAAAAUGCUUCUUCAGCAUUGGCAAAUCUAAAGAAAUUUGUAAGUGGUGGUUUGUAUGAUUUGCAAUCAAUAAUUAAUAUCAUGAUAAAUAUUUGUCAUGAUAUUGAAAUUCUUGAAAUAAUCUUUGAAGAUGAUAAUUUUAUAUAUUCUUUUUCGAAUUUAACUAAAAGUCUAAAAAAUUUAAAAGAACUUAAAGUUAUAGGUAUGAACAAGUAUAAUUUUAAUGGGAUGAUUGAUUCUUUUUCAUAUCAGUCACAUUCUUUAAGAAUCUUACAUUUUGAGGAUUGUGUAUUUAAUAAUGAUAUUCCAUUCAAAGAAAUAUCACUU